AUGACAGCGCCUACGCACUUGCUGGGCCAGAUCCGGGUUGACCCUGCGUCCUGCCUUAACCCUGAUGUCGCCAUCGUUUCGUCCAAGGCUAUUGAUGCAAGCGACAUAGGUCUCGAAUUCCAACCUUCCAUACCAGGUCGUCGAUACUUCGAGAAUUGGGUCGAGCAUUCACAUUCGGACAUUGACGGCGCCCGGUCCGGUCAUGGUCUACUCGCCGUCAACAUAGCCUGCAGCGACUCGGAGAUCCCACCGAUCAUGGAGACCGGCGAGCAUUGUGCACUGGAGACAUGCGGGCGGCUGUCCUUCCUGCCAGUCCCUUGUCCGCUCUGCAUCAUCACCUUUUGCGAAUCGCAUUUCUUGCCCGACCAGCACGCCUGCGCAAAGGCCCAGUCGACGGUGCUCAGUGACGAUGAGCUUCUGCGACGCAUCGCAACCUCGGGCUCAUCAGGUCGGCUGCCGUGCCAGAAGCAAGGAUGCAAAAAGCUCAGCUUCGAAGUCCAGGCGCCUCACUCACAGAGUCGAACGGCAGCCUCGGAUCCAGGCCUGCCUUCCAGUCCUCAACGGACCUUUAAGCAUGCGGCGCCCAGAUGCGACCGGUGCAAAGGGCUCUUCUGCGCGACGCACCGAUCUGCGAUUAGCCAUGGCUGCACAGCCCCGGCACCCCUUACCGAAGGUCAACGCAAGCUACAGGCUAUCGAGGAUCGCAAGAAGAAGGCUGCCGCACUGAUCGCAAAGAACUUUCCGAACCGAGGGAAGACGUGA